AUGUCUGAAGUAAAUGUAACAAAAGUAAUAGUAAACAACCCGAUAUGCGAUAUAUUAGACCCCUUUGUUUUUACAAUUGAAUUUGAAGCUUUGAAUAAAUUACAGGCAGAUUUAGAAUGGAAGAUAUUUUACAUUUCUGCUGUUAACAAUGAUGGGGAAGGAAAUCAGGAUAUUGAAUUAGAUAAUAUUUUUUUGGGACCUAUAGAAAGAGGUGUAAUGAUGUUUGACUAUGCUGUGAAUCCACCUGAUUAUAAAAAUAUGGAUGUUGAUAGUGUCCUAGGACUCCAAGCCAUUCUCAUAUCAGCAAAUUACAAGGAAAAGGAAUUUAUUAGAAUUGCAUACUAUAUGAAUUCAUUUUAUAAAGAAGUGGAUCUGCGUGAAAAUCCGCCAGCAGUACCUCAGUACGAUAAAAUAUGCAGACAUAUAUUCGUGGAGAACCCAAGAAUUGUGAAAUUCAGCAUUGGUUGGGAUUCUGAAGAAAAGGAUGAAUUCAAGGAAUUUGAUAAGGAAAAUGAACAAAUUGAAUUGAUAAAUUGUGGCAAAAUAAAUGCAGAAAAUAAUAGCAAUUCAAACAUAACUAACGAAUCAACUCAAGAAAAUAUUGUUAUUUCCAAUGAGAAAAUCCUAAAUGUUGAUGAAGGAAAUGGUAAUAUAAACAUGAACACUCAUUCAGAUGCACUCUUUAAAAGUGGCGUUAUGAAUGCAGAUAUUUGUGAAAAGAGCUUUUUGAACAAUAAUGAGCUAUCAACUGAUUUAGACAAAUGUGAAAUUUUUAAUGCUAAUAUAAAUGGAAUUAGUAGGAUAACCAUAGACAAUAAAAAUGCUUAA